AUGGCGCCAAGCACAAAGUCACUAGUAUCAGAAUCAGAAGCAGCACCGGUCCGUCGCUACCGCAUCGGGUACGCAUUCGCACCCAAAAAAGAGCAGACCUUCAUCCAGCCCUCUCUCCUCGACCAUGCCUCCCGAUACGGCAUCGAUUUCGUCCCCAUUUCAAUCCCCGAUUCCACCACCACCGCCAAGACCCUGAUCGAGCAAGGCCCCUUCGAUUGCAUCAUCCACAAGAUCUAUGGCCCCCACUGGAACCAACACCUCAGAGAAUACUCGUCCCAGUAUCCCCAAACGCUCAUUCUUGACCCGCCCGAGUCCAUCGAGCGCCUCCACAAUCGGGUCUCCAUGCUCGACGUCUUGGCCGCCUUUGAAUUGAAGCCGCGUCAGUCAGGCGACAAGUUCCAAUCGAAGAUCUCGGUGCCCAAACAGGUGCUGGUUGAUCAUUACCCGGAAGGCGAAGAAGAGACUAAGUUGUUGGCCGGGUUGGAGUUUCCGGUGAUUGCAAAGCCAUUACUGGCGAAUGGCAGCACCAAGUCGCACGAGAUGUGUUUGAUUUUUAGCCCCAAGGGGUUGCGCAGUCUUCUAGCCGAUACUAAGAGUCCCAUUUUGCUGCAACAGUUUGUGAACCACGGCGGGGUGGUGUUCAAGGGUUACGCGAUUGGGGAGCACGUCCAGUGCGUCAAGCGGAGGUCGCUGCCGGACAUUUCGAAGGAGCGGGUGACCGCAUUAGAAGAAGCGGUGCUUCCGUUUUCGCAGAUAUCAAAUUCGGCGAAUGACGAGCAUAAUCUGGCUCAUGAUCCUCACGAAAUGCCACCUCUGGAGUUUGUUGAGGAGGCGGCGAAGGGGAUACGCGUGGGCCUCAAACUCAACUUCUUCAACUUUGACAUGAUAAGAGAUUCGAAGGACCCCAACAGCUAUUUUGUGAUCGACAUCAAUUACUUUCCUGGGUACGCCAAAUUGCCUAACUAUGAGCAUGCCUUUACAGACUUUUUGCUGAAUCUGCUUUCAACUAGUAGCCAUCCCCAAAAACAAAAGGAGCUGCAGCAGCUUAAGGAAGAAGAAGGUGCUACCAGUUUCGAGUCCGAUGUCAAACAAAACAGGGGUCAUGAGGAGGAGUAG